AUGAUGAAGGUGUUCAAGCUCCUGGCCGUCAAACUCCGAGUCACUAUCGUUUUUUCGUGUGACGGCUGCAUUCCUGGAGAGGCGGGCAAGCUCGUGACGCACGCGAUGAUGCUCGGCCAGUCGUUCAAGCCCUUCUUCUCCACGGCAUCGGCGAUGCCGGGACACUGCUCGAGCAUAGGCCUGGCCGUACCACCCGGCCUCAACGUCAUCGAGUGGGGUUCGGAGAUUGUGGUCAAGGGCCUGUACGACACCCAGCAGGCCAAACGGUCGGUAACCAGCAGGACCUCCGCUCGCUUCAGCCUUGCGCCCAACUUUGUGUCACGCAGGAGCGUCGCACUGUCCCGUGCCAGCGAAAGCUCUGGGUUCGUCGGCCAGGCGGACGGUCUCGAGAGCCCCGUGAACUACAGGAAAACCAGCGAGGACAGCAGCGGGAGCGCGGUCAUCGGCAGGAAGCACAGCUCGGAAAGCUUUGCCGCCCUGUCAUCCACGAAGAGUGCCCUCAGCCGGGGGCUGACAUCAAGCUUGACGCAGGUGAUGUCCAUGCUGGCUGAUCCUCAAGAGAAAUUCGCCUUGCGUAGGCAGAAGUGCUUCCCGCUGCAGCUGUGGACGCUCUUGCAGUAUCAGGUCGCCAGCGACCUCGAGGACUCCAUGACAAUCUACAGGCUCAUCGAGACGGUUGGCAUCGGCAUAAUGGCCGGCCUCGUUUGGUUCCAGAAAGGCUCAGUCGACACCCAGACCGCCCUUGGGGAGUCUAUCGGCCUUUUCUUCUUCUCCACCGCGCUCUACACUGUUCCACCUGUGUUUCAGGUGUUGGCCGUUGCGCCAUCAACUGCCAGGCGGGUAAGCCGAGAGCACCUCAGUGGGAUGUACCCGAUUUGCACCUACGUCAUUGCCAUGACCAUAUCCUCCCUCUUCACCGUGGUCAUCUGGGCCCCAGUAUGGCAGAUGAUCGCUUACACUUUCGCGGACUUAGGCCGCGACCCUCAAGCGAUGCUCAGCAUGCAGUUAACGCUCGCGCUGAAUGUCGUCGCUAUGCGGACGGUUGGGUACGCCUUGGCUAUGGUCAUCCCCAGCGGUGCGCUGAACGUGGUCAUCGCAAACUUGUUUGUGCAGAUGUGCAUGUUGACCAAUGGGUUCUACACGAAGUUGCCGUCUUGGCUGCAAGGGAUCACUGUGGUCUCGGUUCCGAGAUUCACAUUCCGCGCCCUUCUGAAGAUCGAGUACUCCUGGCAGGACACUUACGAGGUCCACCCCAUGCACGGCCUCGCCGCCUUCGGGCACCCCUCGCGCUACAUCCCAGCGGAGCUGACGGGGACCUUCCAGCUCAUGACCGAGCGGAAUAUGAAUGUGAUGUCGUCCCCGCAUGAGUCUUCGCCGUUGGUUGAGAUGCUGGUGAUGGUCGGCAUCUCCCUGUCCUUUCUGCUGCUCUUCGCCGUCGCGCUCAUGCGGCAGGUGUGGACGUUGGAAGAGAGGCUCUCCCCACCUAUCGAGGACGGCGACGCAUCCGCCAGUGGAGGCGCCAGUGGAGAAGCCCGCGAGUUGUUGAAUUCGGCAGACCAAGCGCCAACGCUGCUCAAGGCGCCCAACGAUUGCUGGGCACACGAACCUCCUGGGAAACAAGGCCAGUCGAAGCAUGCCGUGGCGGCAGACACUGCGGCGGGGCCGGCCUUGUCUUUCAGCGCGGUGGUGCCCGUAGUCCACUCAGCGGGAGGCGUCGACAUGAGCGACUUCGACGAAAGUGAUUGA